AUGAGCGGCAACUCCUCGCUGGCAGCCGCCACUGCCGUCAUCAAAUCCCUCGCUGUCGACGCGACAACGCCGCCAGUCCAUUCCGGUGAUUCCCCAAGUAUCAAGCUCCCGGGUCCCGACACUGCCGAAAAGACAGAACUCGAGCGGGAGCUUGCUGCCCUCGUGCGCCGGGUCCACCACCUCGAAGCCAGGGCGAACUCGGCCAGGACGAAUGUGUUCCCCGACACGCCGAACGAGACAGCCGACACCAUCUUCGCUGAUGACAGAAAGGGACCUCGAAUCAGGUACCCCGCUGUCCUGCCGCGCAAUGGACUCCCCAUCGACGAGGCACUGGAAGGCCUGCGGGAGCACGUCGACGAUCAGUCGAAGCUCCUCGACAACCAACGCCAGGAGCUAGAUGGGGUCAAUGCGCAGCUGCUCCAGCAAAAGCAGCUUCAGGAGAAGGCUCUCGCCAUCAUUGAGCAAGAGCGCGUGGCGACCUUGGAGCGCGAGUUGUGGAAGCACCAGAAAGCGAACGAGGCCUUCCAAAAGGCGUUGCGUGAGAUUGGUGAAAUUGUCACGGCUGUGGCCCGCGGUGAUCUCUCCAAGAAGGUUCGCCUGAACAGCGUCGAAAUGGACCCUGAAAUCACGACCUUCAAACGCACCAUCAACACCAUGAUGGACCAGCUGCAGGUCUUCUCCAGCGAAGUGUCCCGCGUCGCCCGCGAAGUCGGCACCGAGGGCAUCCUCGGCGGCCAGGCUCAGAUUGAAGGUGUCGACGGCACCUGGAAGGAGCUGACUGAUAAUGUGAACGUCAUGGCGCAGAACCUGACCGAUCAAGUGCGCGAGAUUGCAUCCGUGACAACGGCUGUGGCUCAUGGUGAUCUAACCAAGAAGAUCGAACGCCCUGCCAAGGGUGAGAUUCUUCAACUCCAGCAGACCAUCAAUACCAUGGUGGAUCAGCUGCGGACAUUCGCCUCUGAAGUCACACGCGUAGCCAGAGAUGUCGGCACCGAGGGCAUGCUCGGUGGCCAGGCCGAUGUCGAGGGGGUACAGGGCAUGUGGAAUGAGCUGACGGUCAACGUCAACGCCAUGGCCAACAACCUGACCACCCAAGUGCGAGACAUUAUCAAGGUUACUACUGCUGUCGCCAAGGGCGACCUCACCCAGAAGGUGCAGGCCGAGUGCAGGGGCGAGAUUUUCGAGCUGAAGAAGACCAUCAAUUCCAUGGUGGACCAGCUUCAACAGUUUGCCCGCGAAGUCACCAAGAUUGCCAGAGAAGUCGGAACCGAGGGAAGGCUAGGUGGCCAAGCCACGGUCCACGAUGUGCAGGGCACGUGGAGAGACCUCACCGAGAACGUCAACGGCAUGGCCAUGAACCUGACCACGCAAGUGCGUGAAAUCGCCAAGGUGACGACCGCUGUCGCGAAGGGUGACCUCACCAAGAAGAUUGGAGUUGAGGUGCAGGGCGAGAUGCAGGAUCUCAAGAACACCAUCAACACCAUGGUGGACCGCCUGGGGACGUUCGCCUUCGAAGUCAGCAAGGUGGCUAGGGAGGUCGGAACGGACGGUACCCUCGGCGGCCAAGCCCAGGUCGACAAUGUCGAGGGCAAAUGGAAGGACCUCACCGAGAACGUCAACACCAUGGCAAGAAACCUUACCUCACAGGUCCGGGGUAUUUCGACCGUCACGCAAGCCAUUGCCAACGGCGACAUGACCCGCAAGAUCGACGUCGAGGCCAAGGGCGAGAUACUCGUCCUCAAAGAGACCAUCAACAACAUGGUUGACCGGCUGUCUAUCUUCUGCAACGAGGUGCAAAGAGUGGCCAAGGACGUCGGUGUCGACGGCAUCAUGGGCGGCCAGGCCGAUGUGGCCGGCUUGAAAGGUAGAUGGAAAGAGAUCACCACAGACGUCAACACGAUGGCGAAUAACCUUACUGCCCAAGUGCGAGCAUUCGGGGACAUUACGAAUGCAGCGACAGACGGCGACUUCACGAAGCUUGUCGAGGUCGAGGCUUCGGGUGAGAUGGAUGAGCUCAAGAAGAAGAUCAACCAGAUGGUGUACAACCUCAGGGACAGUAUCCAACGGAACACGCAAGCGAGAGAAGCGGCCGAACUCGCUAACAAGACCAAAUCCGAAUUCCUCGCCAACAUGUCGCACGAGAUCCGGACGCCCAUGAACGGUAUCAUCGGCAUGACUCAGCUUACCCUAGACACGGACUUGACGCAGUACCAAAGAGAGAUGCUCAACAUUGUCAACUCAUUAGCCAACAGCUUGCUGACCAUUAUCGACGACAUUCUUGAUUUGUCCAAGAUCGAAGCGAGGAGGAUGGUCAUCGAAGAGAUCCCAUACACCCUGCGGGGCACCGUUUUCAACGCCCUUAAGACCCUAGCAGUCAAGGCGAACGAGAAGUUCCUGGACCUCACGUACCGUGUCGACAGUUCCGUGCCGGACUAUGUCGUGGGCGACUCGUUUAGGUUACGUCAGAUUAUCCUGAACCUGGUCGGCAACGCCAUCAAGUUCACGGAACACGGCGAGGUCAGCCUUACGAUCCAGAAGGCGUCCCAGGUGCCGUGCGCUAAUGGCGAGUACGCCAUUGAAUUCAUCGUGGCCGACACCGGCAUCGGAAUUCCGGCGGAUAAACUCGACUUGAUCUUCGACACAUUCCAGCAAGCCGACGGGUCCAUGACUCGCAAGUUCGGCGGCACUGGGCUGGGUCUGUCCAUCUCCAAGAGGCUUGUCAAUCUCAUGGGCGGUGAUGUCUGGGUCAAGAGCGAGUACGGCAAGGGCAGCAAGUUCUAUUUCACCUGCGUUGUCCGGCUGGCCGCCGAUGACAUCACGUCGAUCUCGAAGCAGCUCAACCCCUACAAGGGCCACCAGGUGCUGUUCAUCGACAAGGGAAGGACCGGACACGGGCCCGAGAUCGCCAAGAUGCUCAAGGCCCUGGGGCUGGUCCCGAUCGUCGUCGACACCGAGAAGAACCCGGCCAUGGAGAAGGCACGCAUCCCAGGCAACUCUCCUUACGAUGUCAUCAUUGUCGACUCGAUUGAGGACGCCAGGCGUCUGCGGUCGGUCGACGACUUCAAGUACCUCCCCAUCGUCCUCUUGGCGCCGGUGGUGCACGUGUCCCUCAAGUCGUGCCUUGAUCUCGGCAUCACGUCUUACAUGACCACACCGUGUCAGCUGAUUGACCUCGGCAACGGAAUGGUGCCUGCUCUGGAGAACCGGGCCACGCCGUCGCUGGCGGAUAACACCCGCUCAUUUGAGAUACUUCUGGCCGAGGACAACACUGUUAACCAGAGGCUUGCCGUCAAGAUCCUGGAGAAGUACCACCACGUCGUCACCGUCGUCGGAAACGGCGAAGAGGCCGUGGAGGCAGUCAAGCGGAAGAAGUUUGACGUUAUCUUGAUGGAUGUUCAGAUGCCGAUUAUGGGCGGUUUUGAGGCCACGGGCAAGAUCCGCGAGUACGAGCGCAGCCUCGGCAGCCAGCGCACACCCAUCAUCGCCCUGACGGCGCACGCAAUGAUGGGCGACAGAGAAAAGUGCAUCCAGGCACAAAUGGACGAGUACCUGUCCAAGCCGUUGCAGCAAAACCAUCUCAUCCAGACCAUUCUCAAGUGCGCCACGCUCGGCGGUCAGCUGCUCGAGAAGAACCGAGAACGGGAGCUCGCGCGCGCCGCCGACGCCGCCACCGGUGGUCGGCGCGAUAACAGUGCGCUCACUGCGGCGACGCAUGCGCUGGCCGCGAGUCGGCCGUCCCUCGCCGGGCGUGCCGCCACGGCUGCGGAAGGGAUCAACACUGGGCUCGACAGCCCCUCCAUCGUCACGGCGGACCAGGAUGACCCUAUGAACAGGGCACGUACCGCCCUCUCCGAACCCGCUGUCGACACGUUGUAG